CCGCGUUCGCCAGGCGAGUGUCUGGUUUCCAAUUCCGCGGGCUCCGGAAUUGGGGCUGGGCUGGCUUGGGUGCCAGCGGCGGGCAGUGGCAGGCGCCGGCCGAGCAACAGGAGCUCAGAGAAAGAGGGCGCGGCAGCAGUGGAGAGGACGCCGGGGGAGAGGAAGGGUCCCUGAAGCCCGCGCCCUCCCCGGGGCCAGACUCUGCGGGCGCACUGGGUGGGCAUGAUCGGCGGGCACGGCGGCAGGCCUCUUAUGUAAGGAGUUGAAGGGGAAAUAAAACAUACAGGAUGAAAAGAUGGCAAUGUUGCCUCCCCCGGGACCUCAGAGCUUUGUCUUCUUCACAAAACAGUCUCUUGCCCUCAUUGAACAACGUAUUGCUGAAGGAAAAGCAAAGGAACCCAAAGAAGAAAAGAAAGACGAUGACGAAGAAGGGCCAAAGCCAAGCAGUGACUUGGAAGCCGGCAAACAGCUGCCCUUCAUCUAUGGGGACAUUCCUCCGGGCAUGGUGUCAGAGCCCCUGGAGGACUUGGACCCUUACUAUGCAGACAAAAAAACUUUCAUAGUGUUGAACAAAGGGAAAGCAAUCUUCCGUUUCAAUGCCACACCUGCUUUGUACAUGCUGUCUCCUUUCAGUCCUCUCAGAAGAAUAUCUAUUAAGAUUUUAGUACAUGCUGCAUUCAGCAUGCUUAUCAUGUGCACUAUUCUGACGAACUGCAUAUUUAUGACCAUGAGUAAUCCUCCAGACUGGACCAAGAAUGUAGAGUACACUUUUACUGGAAUAUAUACUUUUGAGUCACUUGUGAAAAUCCUUGCAAGAGGAUUCUGUGUAGGAGAAUUCACUUUUCUUCGUGACCCAUGGAACUGGCUUGAUUUCAUAGUCAUUGUCUUUGCGUAUUUAACAGAAUUUGUAAACCUAGGCAAUGUUUCAGCUCUUCGAACUUUCAGAGUGUUGAGAGCUUUGAAAACUAUUUCUGUAAUCCCAGGCCUGAAAACCAUCGUGGGGGCCCUGAUCCAGUCUGUGAAAAAGCUCUCAGAUGUCAUGAUCCUGACUGUGUUCUGUCUGAGCGUGUUUGCCCUGAUUGGGCUGCAGCUCUUUAUGGGCAACCUGAAGCAUAAAUGUGUACAGACUUCACUUGAAAACAAUGAAACAAUAGAAAACAUAUUGGAUACCCUCGAUGAAGAAGAAUAUGCAAAAUAUUUUUAUUACUUGGAGGGAUCCAAAGAUGCUCUCCUUUGUGGUUUCAGCACCGAUUCAGGUCAGUGUCCAGAAGGGUACACCUGUAGGAAGAUUGGCAGAAACCCUGACUAUGGCUACACGAGCUUCGACACUUUCAGCUGGGCCUUCUUAGCCUUGUUUCGGCUAAUGACGCAGGAUUACUGGGAAAACCUUUACCAACAGACCCUCCGUGCUGCUGGGAAAACCUACAUGAUCUUCUUUGUUGUGGUGAUUUUCCUGGGAUCCUUUUAUCUAAUAAACUUGAUCUUGGCUGUCGUUGCCAUGGCCUAUGAAGAACAGAACCAGGCAAACAUUGAAGAAGCGAGGCAGAAAGAGUUCGAAUUUCAACAGAUGCUAGAUCGACUUAAAAAAGAGCAAGAGGAAGCUGAGGCAAUAGCAUUAGCAGCAGCUGAAUAUACCAGCAUUGGGAGAAGCAGAAUAAUGGGUCUCUCUGAGAGUUCUUCUGAGACAUCCAAACUGAGCUCCAAAAGUGCUAAAGAAAGAAGAAACAGGAGAAAGAAAAAGAACCAAAAGAAACUCUCCAGUGGGGAAGAAAAGGGAGAUGAUGAGAAACUGUCCAAAUCAGAAUCUGAGGAGAGCAUCAGGAGAAAAAGUUUCCACCUUGGUGUUGAAGGUCAUAGGCGAGCACGUGAAAAAAGAUUGUCUACCCCUAACCAGUCACCACUCAGCAUCCGUGGCUCCUUGUUUUCUGCAAGGCGGAGCAGCAGAACGAGUCUUUUCAGCUUCAAAGGUCGAGGAAGAGAUAUUGGAUCUGAGACUGAAUUUGCCGACGACGAACACAGCAUCUUUGGCGACAACGAGAGCAGAAGGGGCUCCCUGUUUGUGCCCCACAGACCUCGGGAGCGGCGCAGCAGUAACAUCAGCCAGGCCAGUAGGUCUCCCCCAGUGCUGCCAGUGAAUGGGAAGAUGCACAGCGCCGUCGACUGCAAUGGCGUGGUCUCCCUGGUGGAUGGACCCUCCGCCCUCAUGCUCCCCAAUGGACAGCUCCUGCCAGAGGUGAUAAUAGAUAAGGCAACUUCUGAUGACAGCGGUACAACCCAUCAAAUACACAAGAAAAGACGUCACAGUUCUUACCUCCUUUCUGAGGAUAUGUUGAAUGACCCCAAUCUCAGACAAAGGGCAAUGAGUAGGGCAAGCAUAUUAACAAACACUGUAGAAGAACUUGAGGAGUCCAGACAGAAAUGUCCACCUUGGUGGUACAGAUUUGCACACACAUUCUUGAUCUGGAAUUGCUCUCCAUAUUGGAUAAAAUUCAAAAAAUGUAUCUAUUUUAUUGUAAUGGAUCCUUUUGUAGAUCUUGCUAUUACUAUUUGCAUAGUUUUAAACACACUGUUCAUGGCUAUGGAACAUCACCCAAUGACUGAGGAAUUCAAAAAUGUGCUCGCUGUGGGAAAUUUGGUCUUUACUGGCAUCUUUGCAGCUGAAAUGGUUUUAAAACUAAUUGCCAUGGAUCCAUAUGAGUAUUUCCAAGUAGGAUGGAAUAUUUUUGAUAGUCUUAUUGUGACCUUAAGCUUAGUGGAACUUUUUCUAGCAGAUGUGGAAGGAUUGUCAGUUCUACGAUCAUUCAGACUGCUCCGAGUUUUCAAGUUAGCAAAGUCUUGGCCAACACUGAACAUGCUGAUCAAGAUCAUUGGCAAUUCAGUGGGGGCUCUGGGAAACCUAACCUUGGUGUUGGCCAUCAUCGUCUUCAUUUUUGCUGUGGUUGGCAUGCAGCUCUUUGGUAAGAGCUACAAAGAAUGUGUCUGCAAGAUCAAUGAAAACUGCAAACUCCCCCGCUGGCACAUGAAUGACUUCUUCCACUCCUUCCUGAUUGUGUUCCGGGUGCUGUGUGGAGAGUGGAUAGAGACCAUGUGGGACUGCAUGGAGGUUGCUGGUCAAGCCAUGUGCCUCAUUGUUUACAUGAUGGUCAUGGUCAUUGGAAACCUGGUGGUCCUCAACCUAUUUCUUGCUUUAUUACUGAGCUCAUUUAGUUCAGACAAUCUUACAGCAAUUGAAGAAGACACUGAUGCAAACAACCUCCAGAUUGCAGUGGCCAGAAUUAAGAAGGGAAUAAAUUAUGUGAAACGAACCUUACGUGAGUUUGUUCUAAAAGCAUUUUCCAAAAAGCCAAAGAUUUCCAAAGAGAUAAGACAAACAGAAGAUCUAAAUUUUAAAAAGGAAAACUACAUCUCGAACCGCACACUUGCUGAAAUGGGCAAGGAUCACAAUUUCCACAAAGAAAAAGAUAAAACCAGUGGUUUUGGAAAGAGCGUGGACAAAUACUUAAUGGAAGAAAGUGAUGGUCAAUCAUUUAUUCAUAAUCCCAGCCUCACAGUAACAGUGCCAAUUGCACCUGGGGAGUCUGAUUUGGAGGUUAUGAACACUGAGGAGCUUAGCAGUGAUUCAGAUAGCGAAUACAGCAAGGGGAGGCUGAACCAGUGGAGUUCCUCAGAGUGCAGCACAGUUGAUAACCCUGUGCCUGGAGAAGGAGAAGAGGCAGAGGCCGAGCCUGUGAAUUCAGAUGAGCCAGAGGCCUGUUUUACAGAUGGUUGUGUACAGAGGUUCCCGUGCUGCCAAGUUAACAUAGAAUCAGGGAAAGGAAAAAUCUGGUGGAACAUCAGGAAAACCUGCUUCAGGAUAGUUGAGCACAGUUGGUUUGAAAGCUUCAUUGUUCUCAUGAUCUUGCUCAGCAGUGGUGCUCUGGCUUUUGAAGAUAUAUAUAUUGAAAAGAAAAAGACCAUUAAGAUUAUCCUGGAGUAUGCUGAUAAGAUAUUCACUUAUAUCUUCAUUCUGGAAAUGCUUCUAAAAUGGGUAGCAUAUGGUUACAAAACCUAUUUCACCAAUGCCUGGUGUUGGCUGGAUUUCUUGAUUGUCGAUGUUUCUUUGGUUACAUUAGUUGCAAAUACUCUUGGCUACUCAGAUCUUGGUCCCAUUAAAUCCCUUCGGACACUUAGAGCUUUAAGACCUCUGAGAGCUUUAUCUAGAUUUGAAGGAAUGAGGGUAGUUGUGAAUGCACUCAUUGGUGCAAUUCCUUCUAUCAUGAAUGUGCUACUUGUGUGUCUCAUAUUCUGGCUGAUAUUUAGCAUCAUGGGAGUAAAUUUGUUUGCUGGCAAGUUUUAUGAGUGUAUUAACACCACAGAUGGAUCGCGGUUUCCUACAAGUGAAGUUGAAAAUCGUUCUGCCUGUCUUGCGCUUAUGAAUGUUAGUCAAAAUGUGCGGUGGAAAAACCUGAAAGUGAACUUUGAUAAUGUUGGACUUGGUUACCUGUCUCUGCUUCAAGUUGCAACAUUUAAGGGAUGGAUGGAUAUUAUGUAUGCAGCAGUUGAUUCUGUUAACGUAGACAAGCAGCCCAUUUAUGAAUACAACCUCUACAUGUAUAUUUAUUUUGUCAUCUUCAUCAUCUUCGGGUCAUUCUUCACUUUGAACUUGUUCAUUGGUGUCAUCAUAGAUAAUUUCAACCAACAGAAAAAGAAGCUUGGAGGUCAAGAUAUCUUUAUGACAGAAGAACAGAAGAAAUAUUAUAAUGCGAUGAAAAAGCUGGGAUCCAAGAAACCACAAAAGCCAAUACCUCGGCCAGGGAACAAAUUCCAAGGAUGUAUCUUUGACCUCGUAACAAACCAAGCUUUUGAUAUAGCCAUCAUGGUUCUGAUCUGCCUCAACAUGGUAACCAUGAUGGUAGAAAAAGAGGGACAAAGUGAAUACAUGACUGAAGUUUUAUAUUGGAUCAAUGUGGUUUUUAUUAUCCUGUUCUCUGGAGAAUUUGUGCUGAAACUGAUCUCCCUCAGAUGCUACUACUUCACUGUAGGAUGGAACAUCUUUGAUUUUGUGGUUGUAAUUCUCUCCAUUGUAGGUAUGUUUCUAGCAGAUUUGAUAGAAAGGUAUUUUGUGUCCCCUACCCUAUUCCGAGUGAUCCGUCUUGCCAGGAUUGGCCGAAUCCUGCGUCUGAUCAAAGGGGCCAAGGGAAUCCGCACACUGCUCUUUGCUUUGAUGAUGUCCCUUCCUGCAUUGUUUAACAUCGGCCUUCUGCUCUUCCUGGUCAUGUUCAUCUAUGCCAUCUUUGGAAUGUCCAAUUUUGCCUAUGUUAAAAAGGAAGCUGGAAUUAAUGACAUGUUCAACUUUGAGACCUUUGGCAACAGCAUGAUCUGCCUGUUCCAGAUUACCACCUCUGCUGGCUGGGAUGGAUUGCUAGCACCUAUCCUCAACAGUGCACCACCGGACUGUGACCCCAAAAAAGUUCAUCCUGGAAGCUCAGUUGAAGGAGACUGUGGGAACCCGUCUGUUGGGAUAUUCUAUUUUGUCAGUUACAUCAUCAUAUCAUUUCUGGUCGUGGUGAACAUGUACAUCGCUGUCAUCCUGGAGAACUUCAGUGUUGCUACUGAAGAAAGUACUGAGCCCCUGAGUGAGGACGAUUUUGAGAUGUUCUAUGAGGUUUGGGAGAAGUUUGAUCCAGAUGCCACCCAAUUUAUAGAAUAUAGCAAACUCUCUGAUUUUGCAGCGGCCCUGGAUCCUCCUCUUCUCAUAGCAAAACCAAACAAAGUCCAGCUCAUUGCCAUGGACCUGCCCAUGGUCAGUGGGGACAGGAUCCACUGCCUUGACAUCUUAUUUGCUUUUACAAAGCGUGUUUUGGGGGAAGGUGGAGAGAUGGACUCUCUUCGUUCACAGAUGGAAGAAAGGUUCAUGUCUGCAAAUCCUUCUAAAGUGUCUUAUGAGCCCAUCACAACUACACUAAAAAGAAAGCAAGAGGAUGUGUCUGCUACAGUCAUUCAACGUGCUUACAGACGUUACCGCUUACGACAAAAUGUCAAAAAUAUAUCAAGUAUAUACAUCAAAGAUGGUGACAGAGAUGAUGAUUUGCCCAAUAAAGAAGAUAUGGUUUUUGAUAAUGUUAAUGAGAACUCAAGUCUAGAAAAAACAGAUGCAACUCCAUCCACUGUCUCUCCACCUUCAUAUGAUAGUGUAACAAAACCAGACAAAGAGAAAUAUGAAAAAGACAAAACAGAAAAGGAAGACAAAGGGAAAGAUGGCAAGGAAGGCAAAAAAUAGAGCUUCAUUUUUGAUAUAUUGUUUACAGCCUGUGAAGGUGAUAUAUUUGUGUUAAUAAGACUCUUUUGAGGAGGUCUAUGCCAAAUCUCUUUUUAUCAAUUUAUUCUCAAAGUCAGUGCUUUUGCUAGCUCUGAUUCUCUGACAUAGGUGGGCAGCGUUAGCAGAUGGCUAUUUUUGCAUUGGUAAAUGUAUCUCUAAGAAUUGUUAAGAGUAAGUGUAUGGGAAUUAUUGAUUACAGCAAACAAAGGUGAUUUAAUUUUAUUUACUUUUAAUAAAUCAGAAAAUCAUGUAGAAAAUAUUCACAUCUGCCUUGUCAUCUUUUCACAGGAUUGUAAACAUUCAUGUUUCACAUGCACGCAGGCAUGCGUGUGCGCACACACACACACACACCAAUACCUAGCAUUUGGAUAUCUACAAAAGUAUUUUGCCUUGACUUUUCAAUGAAGUGCUCUGAUAGAAGGCACUAGUAAUGAAUGUUCAGUUAAAACAUCUUGUUAUCUUGUUAUUAGGGGGCAAGACUCUUUUUUCCAUGUACAGAGGUCAUUCUAUAUUUUGAGGUGCUUAAAUUUAUCCACGUUACAUGAAAAUCAAUUUAUAUGUGCCCACUAAAUGCCAUGGGACAUGUAGGCUGGUCAGUUCUACCAGUGCUUUUUGUUUAUCACGAUGCAUAUACCGACUAGGAUAAGAGUUACCUUUAAAAUGUUGUGCUUCAUGGACUGCCUUUUUCUAUAUCUUCGUUUGUUCAUUUGGUAAUCAUGAAACAUGAAAAAUUAUUUUAAGUACAUAUCACAUUCCUUGAAAGAAAAAAAAUGAACAUAAUUGAGAAAAGAAGCGACUAAAGAAAGCUUUAUCCAUUUUUAUUUAUAUCCUGUAACGCCGGACUGUGCUGCUCCAAAAGUACCAACAAUGAUCCAACUCAUCAUUUUUGUCACAGUUUUCUGUUUUCUCAUGCUGUAUUGUUGAAUCAUUCUUCAGCACUGAGCAAAGCUGAUCCUGUCUUCAGUGGAGUGCUUCCAGACAUGCAGAAAGAUACUUGAUAUCAUGGUACAUGUUUGAGCAGAUGAUGACUUGGCCACAGUAUUUAGUGUAUCACCUGCAUAAUAUCCUGAAUGUGUAUGGCAAGCUUUCAAAUCAUACUACAUGGCAGGCUUUCAACACAAACGUGUGUAGUAAGAAUGAAAUAGCAUUCAACCAAGAUUCUUGCCAACUUGCUUGCCUGAUUGGUUCUAGAAAUCCAACUUGAACCUUUGUUCUUUUAUCUACAAAAUGAAGAGGAUGUCACUUUCUCUUUAAAAUUCUAUGACUAUAAAAUAUAUUAUGUAUCUAUCAAUAAUGUACCCUGAGCUUAAAGUUUACCAAGUACACAUUCAUUUUGCUUUAGCUGUUGUUCUUCUAUCAAGGAUUAUAUAUCUAGUUUACAAAAAAAAAAAAAACUUGUUAAUAGUGGCUUGGAAAGAAAUAGCCAUGAUGCAUUUUUUAUGAGCUUAUUCCAGGAACAUGAGAUCAUUCUUCUAUCGAGUUAUUCAUGCACAGGCAAAAACUGAGUUACAAAAGUGGAAAGUAAUUUUAUUUAGAAGAUUUUGUGGGAGGUUUCAAAGCAAAUAUAUACAACAAUAUUUCAUUCAUUUGCUUUCCUCAAUGAAAAAAGAACAUAAACUGUACUUCUAUAUUAAGUGCUUAAAACAUUUUUGUUGUUGUUCUUUUGGCUAGUUAAAAAUAAAGGAGAUUUAAGCAUACCCAUAGAGAUGAAGAAGUACGGAUAGAGGAUGAGAGGCAGAGGACAAAAAAAAAAACAAACACAGAAAUGAGAAAGACAGACCAAAACAAAGAAAGCGACAUCUCCACAGAACUUCCUACCUAGAAUGUUUCUAAAUUGUGAUGUGUUUUACAGCAUUUGUGAAGGAGAUUAUCACAUCUAGACAUUUGUCCUAAAGCAUGAAUGAAAUUAGACCUAGGGCCAAAGAUUCUUUACACCUAAGUUCAAUCAUUCAUCUUACAUUAUUUGGGCCUCUUUUUUAUUUACUAUAUAAGAUACCAUGCAGUGUUUUCCUAGACUAUAUAAAGCAUUGUAUCACCUCCCUGCUAAGUCUGUUGAAAAUAGGUUUUGACCAGUUUAGAGAAUCAUGCAAAAUAUGUUACCUUUGUAAGAUUUUUUAAUACACAAAAUUAAGAAAUUAAUAUUACCUUAAAUGUGAAUGCAGUUUAUCCUCAUCAUUUUAAAUCCAUAUAACUGUACUUUGCAUAUUUAUAAAAUAUAGUGGGAAAAGAUGUGGGAAGGUUUAUGUGUGAUUUACUAUUAUGUUUUUACAUUGCCUGAUUUUUAUGUGAAAAAAAAUAGUAGCAACUUGUUCCUCAACACAAUUUAUUCUAAGCGUUUCAAAAAAAGAAUUACAAAGUCACACUUCCAUUUCAUGCUGAACUAUAAUUUUUUAAUGUAACAUGGUUAAGUUUUUUUAUAUAUGUGUUUUCCCAGGAAUGUCGAAUUGUAACUUUUUAUCAAUUAAUAACAAUAUUUGGAACCAAGUGCUCAUUUAAUACAUUAGAAGCUUGAAGGGAAGUUAGACUUCUCUUUUCAUAUAGAUUACUGUUUGGUAUUAAUAAUAAGAUAUCAUUCUCAGCACUGUAAUGCUAAUAUUUAAGUCACACUAUCAUUGAACACAUUUAAUCUAAUGAUAUAAAAUGACAAUUACACUGUACAAUUUAAAUUGGAAUAAAAUGGCAGUGAACAGAUUUGAACACAAAUCCAUUCAUCUAAUGGAGAUAAACAUGGGAGAAUCUCAUUUUACCUGUUAUGUAGUUUGCAAAAGAUGUAAGUAACUUGUUGGCUGUUUCUAAAUGCUAAUUGAUGAAAACUUCAACCCUAAAUGUUCAGCAUGAUUUUAUAGAAUUUUGAUUGCUUUAUUAAAAAGUUAAGAGGAAAUGCAUAUGUAAAUAAAGCAGUUCUAAAUAGCAAUUUCAGAGAAACGUUAAUGGGAGUGAUGAAAGUGGGCCAGCUAAAUUAUAAUGGCCAAUAACUGGCUUGGGUUUAGGACCUAUGUAUAGAGGCCACCAAUUUCUUUUAAUAACUGUGGUUUGUUAUGUUAUAUUCUUGAGGAAAAUAAUUGAGUUGCUUCAUAAAGAUAAAUGAAUAGCCAUGAAUAUAAUAAUGCUGUUUACAUAGAAUUCUUUAUAAAUUUCAUACAUCUAUGAAUGCUCAAAAUGUUUGAGUUUGUCAUAAAUUAUAUUGUAGUUAUACUUGAGACCUGCACAUUGUAAUAGAAUCUAAAAAUAAAAGUCAU